AGGUGUUUGAAAGAUGGAAAACAGGAAGAGCAAGUGUGGUGCAGAGAAGGCAAGAAUUAAAAAGAGGAAAGCUCUGGAAACAGACGCAACCCAAUGUGCAGGAAUUGGAAACUUUUUCACUAAAGCUCGUGGUUUGAAACGAAAAAUGAGGCCGAGGAAACGGAUACGAACUUUUUGUUGAACUUUGCAAACCACCGUUCAACCCCUCAGAGUCAGAAGAAAGAUCCAGAACCAAGCAGCAGCCAAGAGCCACAAGUCCAGAGUGGGAGAUGUUCAGAGGGAGCUGAUGCCACAUCUGGUCCAGCCGAUAGAAGGUCUUGAAGUUCUCUGACUAAAGAUGGUCCUCUCACUGGAUUUAAGGUUCAGAUGCUCAGGAACAAACUCCACCAAUGAGCCAGCAGGGAAGCUUUAGGUUUAUUAAACAUUGGGGGUUUAUUAAACAUUAAUAUCCGGAUACCGCCGUAGCGAACGAAUAUUCAGAUAUUCAGAUAUUCGGGAUAUUUGAGUCCAGCCCUAUUGAAAAGUAUACUGUACUUUGACAUUUUCUGAACUACAUCCUAUACUAUGCUGGUAGAAUCAACCGAAGGUAGAAAACUGGUUAAAACAAGCUAACAGGCAGAAAAAUUGUUUGUGGAAGAGGUUCUGCUGCAAAUAAACCAACAGUUAUUAUCUUAGAAUUAAUCCAAACGAGGAGAGCAGAGUCUCAGCUGCUUCCUCCCAUAGACUGUAUAUCUUUAUAUACAGUCUGUGCCUCCUCCAUAGGACCUGUCAGUUAUUCCAGACUGGACUGUCAAUCAAGUAGCCCCGCCCCCUGGCUUCGCAAAACUUUAAUGCUCUAUAAAAAAUUCAAUAUUGAUUUAUUUUAAGAUCGGCCACCUGAUCUCUCAUUUUGACCAUGAAAACUAAAUAAAAAAAUAUAUACAGUCUAUGCACCAUACUCUGUUUGGCUCCACAUUUGCUGAUGAUCACUUCUGGUCUCAGAAAAUGAAAAAACGGACCGUUUUCCGUUUCUGUCUCUUACUGAUUUUAUUUUCUUGUUGUUGUAAAUAUAAAAUGUAAAUCAAAGCAUUUUUUAAUAUUUCAUUAGCAAGUUCUGUUAUUCUGUGAAUAACAAACUUGCAGACAACAGUGCAAUAAUUAUUCUUUAUUCAUGAGGAUUAGAUAUCUGUGAACACUAAUUUUCUUGAUAUUUGAUGCAAAAAAGGACAUUGUGAUGUUAUAAAGAAUAGUGUUGGAGAUUAGCCCUUUAACUGAUGUUCUCAUAUUUGUGAAAAUUAAGUUGUGAUGGAACUGUUUCCUUGCAGAGGAAAAAGAGAUGACAGUGUUAUUAGAAAGUGCAACACAUUUUUUAAAUAUUUGUAUUUCUUCUUUUAUUUCAUUUUUAAGGUUUGCAUAUACUUGAACACUUAUUUCUUCAGAAUAUAGGUUCUGAUAUUGUUGUAAAGAAUAAUGUUGGAGAAUGUUCACUCAUGUUGGAAUAAAUCCUCAUUGUGAAGCAACUCUUACUUGCACUGAAUUGGAAAUAUUUUAGAAAAACACACUGAAUUACAAGACAAGGCUAGAAUUAAAUGAUUUUAAUAGUAAUGGGUCAUGAUCAAGUGUGGGCUGAUCUGAGGCAUGAAAGUCCAGAGCUGAAAAUGAGUCCCACUCCGGCCCUGCUACCUCAUCAAUAAUUCAAUGCACUGUAAUGAAAUCCAGGUGAGCCCAUGACUGUUAGACUUACGCACAGGAUGGCAACUGUGAACACGAAUGCACCUGUAAGUAUAACUAUAUAUAUAUUCCUCACUAUUUACACAUUUUACACUACUGACAGUGUAUGAUAACAGAAUAUAGUAGUUUAAAUCUGCGGCAGUCUCUGAUCUCUCUGUUUCAUCAGAUAUGUGAGGAAGCUGUAAAAGUAGGAAUUGUGCUCACUACAAUCCCAGAGGGUAAAGACUGUGUAGUCGAUGCUGAGGAUGGACGUGGCGUUGACUACAAAUCGGCAAAGGAUGAGGAGAAAAAGUCCUUCUCAUUUGAUGGAGUCGUGACUGCCGACAGCAUAGAGCAUUUCCACACUGAGCUCCUGCAGCCGCUAACUGAGUCCAUAUCCAGUGGGUAUAAUGGAGCAGUGCUGAUAUGUGGAGCCUCCACAGAAACAAUUCAAGCUCUGACUGACCACAGUAUCAUCAAACAGGUCUUGGCAAAUCUGUUUAGUUGUAUAACAUCACAAGUGAAAGAGGAGUUUUUCAUCUCUGUGUCAUGUCUUCAGUUUUAUCCAGAUGGCAGUGCAGUCGAUCUCCUGAGCCUCAACAAACAGACUCUACAGCUUGUAACACAUCCAGAUCUCGGAAGCCUUGUAGGAGGUUUAUGUGAAAUGUGUGUGUGUUCUGUGGAAGAAGCCUUCAGUUUGUAUGAAACAUGCAGAGAGACUCUGAAGACCAACGCAGGUUCUAUUUUCAGCAGAUGCAGUUCCCUGUUCUCAGUGAAUGUUGAGCAGAAACUCCAUCCAGAGGAGAGGGAGUCAGAUGUCUGCCGCAGCAGAUUGCAGCUGUUCAGCCUGGCAGGAGGAGCCAGCAGGACUGACCUCAGAGGAGUCAACCCACUGGUGAAGGUUUUGGACCAAAUCCCAAAUUCUUCUCCCACAAUCGAAGCCAACCUCCUCCCUUCACUCCUUAAUGACGCCUUAACAGGAAACAGCAGGACAGUCCUCAUCUACUGCAUCAACCCUGAAGGUCUGAUAGAUGAUGAAACACCUUCUGCUUUAGAUUUGGCCCAGAGAGUAAGAAGCUUGGUAACUAAGGCCACUGUCGGCUGCUGGAGUCCAAAAGUGACUGAGCAAAAGAUUCGAGACAGCAUUGUGAACCUAAGAAGUGUGAUAAUGUCACAGGGUGAAAGUGAACUCCAUGACAUUUACAGGCUGGCUGAGCUUACUCAGAACCUGCAGGUUGUGAAAAAUCAAUCAUGGGAUAAGAGGAGGGAGGAAUCAGAGAAGAUAAAAGCCAAAACAAAGAGAUGUAAAUCAUCAAACAGCAAUCAGCAGUUUUCUCGAGAUCAUCACUCUGAUCACAGAGAAACCACAGAAACUAUGAAAUAUCUACAGGAUCAGCUCAGACAAGAGAUGGAAGAGCAUAUCAGAGAAGGUAAAGGGAAUGUAGAAAAAGUCCAGGAGAGGGUUGCAAGAAUCCAGCAUCUGAAGGAGGCUCUCAGAGAGGAGACAUUGAAGAGUGGCGCCGCUGCAGGGAAAUCUCAGCUCUGUCAGCAAUCUCAGUUGGAAUACAACAAAGCACAGGAGCAGAGGAGGCAACUUAAGGAGGAUCAUGGGAGAUUAAUUCAGGAGGAGGUGGAGAAGAUGGAGAGAGACCUGGCACAGGAACAGCUACCGACAGAGGGUCCCCAGAGAGAGCUGCUGGUGCUGACCAGAGAGAGGCAGGUCCUGGUGCUGCAGAUAGAGGCUCUACGAUCUGAGGCCCAGCAGGCUGAGAGAGACCUACAGGAUCAGUAUCACCGACACCAAGCGGAGCUGCACUGUCUGAGGGAGGAGAGCCUGCAGGUGUUCAGAGUGUUUCGUCAGGUCAGCGAGGAGCAGAGGAAGAUUUCAGAGGGCAGAUACAGAAGUGUGCUGCUGGAAGCCGUGCAGGAUGCCAUCUACCUGUCCGCCCAGAACCAGCAGCUGCAGGCCGACAACAAACAACUCCGCAAAGCGCUGGGAGAGUUAAAGGAUACUUUAGCUGUGCGAGGUGACGCCAUGGCUGAGCUGACAUCUCACCAACAAUAAAUGUAUGAUCAAAAAAUUAAGUUAAUUAAUCACUACUUUGUAAAUUACAUGAAAUAAAUGUUAAAUACACGUG